AUGACUAGAGAAAAUCGCCCGAAAACCAAAAAGUCUUCUUCGAAGGCUCCUCUUCCUGAGAAUAUAGGGAAGGUACUGGAAGAGACCCCCCACACAGAGGUUUUGCCCAAAUUCGAAAAGUUUUGUCAGCUCCCAGCCGAGCUAAGACUUAUGAUUUGGAAGUUCGCCGAUGACGACAAAUCGCAUAGUCGAGUAUUCACGUUGGGGGUUGGAGGCAUGGGCACAUGGCGUGUUCUUCCAAGUUCCCCCCUUCCAUUACUUUCUGUAUGUUGGGAGUCACGGUGCGAAUUGAUCAGCGGACUCACUGCGCCUUUUGAGUUUGGAAGAACUUUGACUUGGCAUGCUAUUUGAUCCUAAGCGAGACUGCCUAGAAUUCACAUGCCAGGAGGCUCGUAAUUCAUUCGAGGAGGAAAUGAUCAAGGGCGAGCUUGAAUUUGAUACACCACUGGAUAUACAAUACGACCAAUUGGUCCGCAUCAGCCGAGCUCGUUAUGCCUGCCCGGGUCCUUGGAAAUUAUACCCAUUGGCAUUUAAACAGAUCUCUGGGGAUGUAAGUAAGGAUUAAAUCUCCUCUACUUUAUGAGCAAAUUGUACUCCCAGAAGUUCCUCCCCCUAUCCCAUAAAUGAAUGUUGAUGAAUAUCCUGAGAUCAGCCUUUAAGCUCCAACGCCUCACUAGGAAUUCAAAUGAGGAUUAAAAUGGGCUCUUCAUGUCAACUCACUGACUGCAAAAUAUCAACACAUAUUUAAUAUUAAACGACCACUAAAAUACCCUGUGAAAACCACCAAAUUGUUUCGUUGUUAUACAAAUCCCAUCUCUUCAAAAGUAAAUACAAACAAAAGGAUCCUUCAAUAACUUCGUAAAUGUCUUCUUAGAAAGUCAAAGCGUACCAAUCACAAAGGAGUCUGUUUUCAUGCUCCUACUUUUUAUGCUAUUCUGUUUGGUAAGUGACCGGAUUUGAGUAGGCAUUAUUUUACAGCAGAGGAAACACCCCUCUCUAGUGAGGGUUUAUUGACUGAAAUCGCUAGCAAGAGCCACAAAGAAGCAUGCUGGAACUUCAGCGACAGCAGAAACAAAGACUGGCUGCGAUACUUGCAUUUCUUUAUCAACAGCAACAACAAUGACCCGUACUUCUUUUAUGUACAGUAAAACAAUUCUAUUGAAAGGAUACUUGAGCUCAUCUCCUCGCACAAUUUAGUAGAAUCAUAACCACCACGCGAUCCAAUUGGUAUUUCGAAACUUCCAAUAACCCAAAAUGCCUAGAAAUCUUCAGUCAAAAGAUCCUUCAUUGAAGCAACGUGUCCAGGGAAGAUUCCGAAAUCUACUCGGAAAGAGACCCCAUUUCGACGAGAAAGACGCAUCAUCUGUCUCUGAUACAACCAAGUUCACAAAGUUCACACAGCUAACCCCCCGAGAUCAGACUUCUAAUAUGGUGACAAGCCUACGAGGAAUCUGAUCCUCGUGUUUUCGAAGCAACCCCUGCGGUAGGUAGGUACAUUCCAUUUCCAACAAGACAAAGAACCGAUUCCGACCGUGGUACUUGGCAGGUACAGGCAGACAACAAGCUUACCCUACUUGCCGUUUGCAAGGAAUCACGAUAUGCGCUGUUGAAACGGUUUGUUGCUCCUUUCCAUAAAGGGAAAACAAUGACUUGCGACGUUCAGGGUAUACCACAUGUCGUGAAUCUGCUAUUUGAUCCUAGGCGAGAUGUUUUGAGUUUCUGGUGUGAGAUGUAUCGCGCUUUCUUCACGACUGACAUCCUAGAGGGCGGCUAUGAAUUUGGUGUGGGUUUGGAUAUUCUACAGGACUGCAGUAUUGCUGUUGAUGGUCCUUGGACAGUUCGCCCAUUAGAGAUUGAACAAGUCCAUGGAGACGAAGGUCUAGAUGAGCCUAUGCAAAGCUAG